AGAGGCGGGUCGCGGCGGCGCAGAGGAGGUCAGUUGAGGGAGCGCUUCCGGGGACGGCGCCGCCAUGAGACUGACUCCGCGCGCACUGUGCAGCGCCGCCAAGGCCGCCUGGCGGGAGAACUUCCCCCUGCGCGGUCGCGACGUGGCGCGCUGGUUCCCGGGCCACAUGGCCAAGGGGCUGAAGAAGAUGCAGAGCAGCCUGAAGCUGGUGGACUGUAUCAUCGAGGUCCACGAUGCCCGGAUCCCACUUUCAGGCCGCAACCCUCUGUUUCAGGAAACCCUUGGGCUUAAGCCUCACUUGCUGGUCCUCAACAAGAUGGACUUGGCGGAUCUUACAGAGCAGCAGAAAAUUAUGCAACGCUUAGAAGGAGAAGGCCUAAAAAAUGUCGUUUUUACCAACUGUGUAAAGGAUGAGAAUGUCAAGCAGAUCAUUCCGAUGGUCACUGAACUGAUUGGGAGGAGUCACCGCUACCACCGAAGAGAGAACCUGGAGUACUGUAUCAUGGUCAUCGGGGUCCCCAACGUGGGCAAGUCCUCCCUCAUCAACUCCCUCCGGAGGCAGCACCUCAGGAAAGGAAAAGCCACUAGGGUGGGUGGCGAGCCUGGGAUCACCAGAGCUGUGAUGUCCAAAAUUCAGGUCUCUGAGCGGCCCCUGAUGUUCCUGUUGGACACUCCUGGUGUGCUGGCUCCUCGGAUUGAAAGUGUGGAGACAGGCCUGAAGCUGGCCCUGUGUGGAACGGUGCUGGACCACCUGGUUGGGGAGGAGACCAUGGCUGACUACCUGCUGUACACCCUCAACAAACACCAGCGCUUUGGGUACGUGCAGCACUACGGCCUGGGCAGUGCCUGUGACAGCAUAGAGCGCGUGCUGAAGAGUGUGGCUGUGAAGCUGGGGAAGACGCAGAAGGUGAAGGUGCUCACGGGCACGGGUGAGUGAGGUCGCUGACGCGGGCACUGGAGCCUCACCCCAUCACCCCCGGGGACCCCGGCCAUCCCCAGAGGAGGCAGGGAGGAGAGGAACGUGUCAGGGAGCCUGCGGCGGGUCUUCUGGGAACGGGUUUCAGGGCAGGGGAGCUACAGAAAGUUCUGGAGAGGAAAGGCUCGUAGUCCAGGCUUCCGAGGGUGAGACCAGCCCUGCUGCGUUUUGGGCAGUGCUAGGUGGACACCUGCAGGCCUCACAUGCCUGGCCUUGGAGGCUCCAGGCAGCGCAGCUCAAGCUGUUUUCUUUCUGAGUAUGAUCCCGUCCCCUGGGCUUCCCUGAUGCCAUCCUGGAGUUUCUUAGGGCUGGUCCCUCAGGUGGGUAAGGGCUGGGCCCGUCCUGCUGUGAAGGCUCCUUCCUCACUGAGCCCUCCCGUUCCCCAGGUAACGUGAACGUUAUUCAGCCUAACUAUCCUGCAGCAGCCCGUGACUUCCUCCAGACCUUCCGCCGCGGGCUGCUGGGCCCCGUGAUGCUGGACCUCGACGUCCUGCGGGGCCACCCCCCGGUCUGAGACUGUGCCCUGAACUUGUCCGGGUGGGGAAGGCCGGAGGCAUGUGGCCUCCCAGACCUGACCUGGGUGGUUGGGGCUCAAGACAGCUCACCUGGUUCAGAAGCUCCAUGCUGGCCAUUAGGGUGCUGUGCUCUCUGGCGCCCCACGGCCUGGCCAGCUCCAGGGGCCCCAGUUCCAGGGGACAAGCAGGUGGGAGUGGACACCAGGCUCUGCAGUGGACGUCCCUGAGCAGCUUCACAUGCUUGGUUCUCCCAGAGCUUUCUGCUCAGGCCUCUUGAGAAAUGGAUGCUCAGAAGGAGUUAAAAGUAUAACCUGUAACCUUUAAAAUCUCCAAUUAAAGGGCCCGUUUCUUACGGGCCUGUGAGGUGCACCACAGUGCCUUGGGCCUGUGUGUUAAAGCUGCUCUCACCAGUGGAACCUAAGAAAUGGGCAGGUUGGCAACUAGGGUUUGUGCUGGAGGCUUUCGGCCCAGUGUCCUGCAGUCCUACAACAAGUGAGAGGCUCGCUGCCAGCAGAGAGGUUUAUUUCACACUUACAGGCGCACACAGACACAGACAAGAGACUCCCAGCAGCAGAACCCAAGCACUGGCUUCGACCCUCAGUGCCCUGGGGCAUGUUCCAGGCAGGGUUGAGGGGGACGCCCUGCACAUGGCUUUGUGUGCAAUGACUGGAAGGCUGCCCGGCAUGGGCAGUAGAGACCCCUGGCCUCUGAGCACCUUCUGGCUCACGGGUAGUGGGAUUCUGCAUUAGUGGGGCUGAGAGGCGUGGGGGCCCCUCCAGCCCCAUUAUAGUGCACCCAAAGGGGUCCACAGCCUGUGUCCUAGAAGAGGGAAGAGGAAGGCAGGCGGGUGGGGCUGGGAGUAUGGACUAAGGUGCUGCGGGACCUGGGGCCAGGGACAUUCUGUGCAGAAGCUCCAGCCGCCUCUUUCUGGUGGUGGCCUGACCGUCCCACAGCAGCCUCCACCACGGCCCUGGUGCUCAGCAGCCCCUCCUUGCUGGCUGGCUGCCUCUGCUGCCCCAUACCCCACACACUCAUCAGCCUGAAGUUAGCCCGAGUGCCACCUGCAUCCUGCCAUAACCCUGACCGCCCGGGGCAGGAAGUAUUCAGAUUGGCUGUGUCAGAUGCUAAUGUGCUGAAUAAAUAGUCAUUGCAGAUCA